CCCCCCGGAGGCACCGAGCCGGGGUGGGCACGGCUCGGGGGGGCUCGGGGCAGUGCCACCCCCCCGGAGGCGCUAUGGGGGAGGAGGAGCCGGUGGCCACCGCGGAGCCUUCGCUCGCCACAGCCGAGCCCGAGCCCUGCGCGGCCGCUGCGCCCACGGAGCUGCGGAAAGCGGGAGAGCUCAACCGGACCAAGAUCGCGGAGGGAGGGAGGAAACUCAGGAAGAGCUGGGCACCCUCCUGGGUGGUGUUGGCUGGCAACAGCCUCAUCUUCUACAAGGACUCCAAGGGCCUGGCCCCCGCUGCCUGGUGCCCCUCCAGCAGCCGCCCUGAGAGCAGCGUGGAUCUGCGUGGGGCCGCUCUGGGCUGGGCACCGUGGCUCUCCAGCAAGAGGAACGUUCUCCACCUCCGCACCGUGACGGGCAACGAGUUCCUGCUGCAGUCCGAGCAGGAGGCCACGAUCCAGGGCUGGGCUCAGGCCAUCCAGGGCGUCAUCUGGCAGCUGGAGCUGGAGAACCCGGUGCCCGGGGGCUGGCAGCCGCGGGGAGCCGCCGGGGAGCUGCCGGAGCUCAGCGGGGACGAGGAGGAGAUGCUGCCACCACGGCUGCUGGAGGGCUGCGGGGUGCCAGGUGCCCCCAGCAGCUCGGACAAGAAGCGGGUGUUUGGCUGCCGCCUGGACGCCCUGUGCCAGCGGGAGGGCAGCUCCGUGCCCCGCUUCCUGCAGCUCUGUGUCCAGGCCGUGGAGCAGAGAGGGCUGGAUGUCGAUGGGAUCUACAGGGUCAACGGCAACCUCUCUGUGAUCCAGAAGCUGCGUUUCGCUGCGGAUCGUGAACGAGCCGUGACCUCGGACGGACGCUUUGUCUUCCCCGAGCAGCCGUGCCAGGAGGAGCGGCUGAGCCUGGCAGAGCCCGAGUGGAGCGACAUCCACGUGGUGACCGGCGCCCUCAAACUCUUCCUGCGGGAGCUGCCCGAGCCCCUCGUGCCCUACGGCCUCUUCGACCCCUUCGUUGAUGCCAUCAAGCUGCCAGACCCCCAGGAGCGGGUGAGACGGGUGGCACAGCUGGUGCAGGACUUGCCCCCCCACAACUAUGCCACCCUGCGCUACCUGCUGGCACACCUCUGCCGGGUGAUGGAGAGGGCCGAUGCCAACCGCAUGACGAGGCAGAACCUCGGCAUCGUGUUCGGGCCGACGCUGCUGCGGGGGCAGCGGGAGCUGGGCAGCCUGGCAGUGGGCAUGGCCCAGCAGAGCCAGGCCGUGGAGCUGCUGCUGCAACACUUUGAUCACAUCUUCCCUGCACCCCCCUGAACGUGAGACCCCCCCCAGCAUUCAACUCUGGCUGUUGGUGCCCUCUCCUGUACCCUCCCUGCCCCCUGUACCCUGCAGCAAAAGGGCACCGGGACCACCAGCAGCUCCUUUCAUCAGGGUUGGAGGGGGCUGUGGCACUGAGACCACCCACCUCUGACCCCCAGGACGUCACCCACUGCCACGUGGCAACCCCAGAGUGCCCCUUCCAUGCCCAGACACCUCCCUGUUGAUUUCUCCCCAUCAUUCAUUAAACACACAGCUACUCCCA